AUGGAAUCGAAUUCCACACCAAUUGAAGAUGUUGACAUCUUGUUUCCUGUGGACAGUGGAGCCCAGGUUAUCUGGUUGGUGUUCUUGAGUGUUACUCUGAUAUUUGGAGUAAUCGGUAACUCACUCAUCCUUCGGGUGUACUCAACGAAGACUCUCACGACAUGCACUCAUGUUCUGAUCAUGGCUUUGGCGUUGACUGACAUUACAGUAUGCAUUUUCCUAUCUUUGGAUAUUUGCUGUUUAAUUCUGCUUUUGAUGAACAGCACAGUGCCGAGGGUUUUAUACGUUAGCCGUUAUAUACGAACAUCUAUGAUAACAGCGUGCAUUACGAACACCGUGUUGAUCGCGAUGGAUCGCUACGACUGCGUGUGUCGAUCAAACCGGCGAUUCCUCACGCCGAGACGGGGGAAGAUAGCCGCGUGGUUCACGCUAGUCGGUUCGUUUCUCGCCACUAUCCCUGAUUUGAUUGACAGACUGAGAAGUCAACAGCAAUACCAAAAGACCUUGCUGGCUUUCCAAGGCCUUGCAUUUGUGUUUUCACUUGUGGUGAUAGCCUUUUGUUACCGGCAAGUUUUCAACAAGAUAAGGAACCACGUGAAGGUUUUUGCGAUGACAUCAGCUGGUGAUCCUGCGACUGAGCUGUCGACAAGAGUUCAACCUUCAACGUCACAAAAUAAACAUUUGGCUGUAUCGAUUAUUGAAAAGUACGUCAGUGAUCGAUCGAGAGAUGACUGUUCAAAUCAAGCGGGUUGCAGCUACCAAGACACAGCCAUGGACAAUCGACCACAGCAAAGUAGCGAAAACCUUAACGUUUCCGUGACUACGGAAUCAGCAACAAAUGACAAUGUGCCGGGAAACAAACCCAUCCUUAAACCAUCGGAUCAACCUGCCGUGAAUAACACUAACAAGGCCCGUGUCGUUGAUAACCGACGCCCCAAGAAGGCUGAGAAUAACGGCGCUACACUUCAACGCAAGACUACAAUCAUGUUAUUUAUAACUAGCUUGGUGUAUUUGCUGUCAUGGCUCCCGUAUUGGUUCUUCAUUGUAUUAUUCAUGAUUGACUCAAGUGGGUCAAGUGUUGAUCGGAAAUUAAUGGAUACUUCACAAGCUGUCCUCGUUAUUUUGUAUGCCAAUAAUGCUUUAAAUCCUCUGAUCUAUGGAAUUGCAAACAGACGGUUCAGAGAAGAUUGCUUAAAGGUGUUCUGUAAAGGCAAAGUUGCGAACUAGUAUAAGUGACCAAAUUCAGCUUUUUCAUACUUCAUUUGUAUCUCCUGUAUGUUACGAUGUACCCGGUUUGAUGUCGCAAA